UUACAUAGCUGUUUACAUGGCUGUUCAAAGCCAGUUUGAUGACAUUGAUAAUUACGAUUAAUGACAAUUACAUUACAGGUUAUUAUAUUCAUCAGUCCUGUAAGUAUAAAGACAACCUAUAGGUCAAUCUGUUUUCCUCUCUUGUGCUAUCACUGGCAAAGUGUAUGGUGAUGAUAGCAAUGCCAUACGCAGGUGAUGGCUAUACUAUGCCUGCAUAUAUAAAACAUAAAAAUCAAUGACUUUUGGGAAAAAUAAUCUGAUCAUAUUAAUUUCAAAAGAAACCUGUCUUUUAGCAAGCAAAGUCACUCAUUAAAUUAAAAGUAAAACAAAAAAUAUGGUUUGACAGUUAUAGGGUUAAAAUCAGUGCUCAAUAUAUAACACUACGUAACAGACACACCAAAGUGUCUAUAAUUAACAAAUACAGGCUUUAUAGUUUACUUAAUGUGAAACCCAAUUUUCAUUCCAGUCUCCCAAAUUAGUGAAAUAUCUAUGUGGUCCACUCUACAUCAGAGGUCUGCUGAGUGACGACAUUAAUCAGCAGCAGAGAAUAAUACAAAUAAACAACAGGCAUAUGUGAGAAUAUCUAGUGAAAAACCAGUCAGAUUUCUUUUGCUCCCCAAGAAGGCAUACGUGGUGUGAUUGGACAGUUUUUUAUAUAAAUGAGAAUUAUGAGUGUACCACAUGACCAACAGAUGAGUACAUUUAAAUAAAUGGCUGCAUAAUUAUGCCCAGUCAUAAUACUGAAACGAAUGAAUGUUGAACUGCACAGAAGGUGUAUAAUUUGGUUUUAUUGGGCCUGGAAUAAAGGUUAAUUGUUGAGUCAAAGUGGUGAAUCAGAUGAUCACUUUUGCCUGAUGUUCCCAUAAUGAGGAAGGCAAAUCUUGUAAACCAGUUACCAAAACUGGUCUAGACUAGUUGUAUGGACAAACACCAGGGACAGUACACAAAGAAAUUUUAAAAACUUGUAUGUAUGUAAAGUAUUUAUAAACAGUGAAUAUGAAUAAACCGAAGAAAUCAGCCAGGCAUCAACAUAUUCAUAUCAAUUAUUAAAAAAAAAAAAAAAGUUAAAAGCUAGUCUGAGCAGAAAAAAGCAUCUUAUGAACAGCAGAGAAAAAAGUGAAAGGAGUUUCGUAAAACACCUCGAACCAAAAAAAGGACACACUCAUCUCUGAUGAAUUGCUCAUCAGAAUAUCAGUCUGAGAAACAAAUUUGAAUUGAUCAGAUAGUGGCGAGGACAAACCAAGACUGACAAGAUGGCAGAACUUAAUGCAACUUUGGCAAACAGCACCGCACUGCUAAAUAUAGCCCCCGAGUACAAAUAUUAUUUAUGGAUAAUGAACGCCAUUAUUUUCCUCUGUGCAGUGGUAGGAGUAACUCUGAACACUCUUGCACUUGCCGUUUUUUACAAAAGCAUUGAGUACAACAAGACUUCGUACCUUCUCUUUUGUUUAGCAAUCAAUGACAAUAUAUUUCUAGUUCUUCGCACCGUGCAACUUAUCAUUAUAAGCGUCUACCUUUAUUAUGCAGAAGUAAGAAGUACCACAUUACUAACAAGCAUAAGUGGACUACAGGUCACACUUUAUUUCCUCAUGACAUUACAGACCUACAUUGCUGCACUUGUCUCCCAAGAACGCUACUGCUCUGUCAAAAAACUUUACAAUGUACAAAGCAAAGUACCACUGACAAGAAGAGAAAAGCUGUUCCCCCUCUCAGUGGUCAUUGCUGGGCUCUUACUUUUCAAUGUUCUUAAGGCCCUGGAUGUAGAUCAUUUAAAAAUCGAUAAGUGCACAGAUGCAGCUUUCUGUCCAACAUUGUUUCUAAAACAGGGACCAAACUGGAAGAUAUACUCGAUUGUAUUCAGAAUUGUUUCAGAAAUCCUACUUUCUGUUUUGCUGCCAGUGGGGAUGUUUAUGUAUUACACAGUCAAGACUUUUAAGAAACUGUUCUUCCAAUAUCCCAUGCUGCCUACCAACAUGUACAAUGCAGCUAAAAUUGCACAACGCAAAAAACUUCACCGUGAAAUGAUGAAGAUUGUGAUAGUAAUUGCAGCAUUCAUGAUGAUAAACACUUUACUAAAUUUUUCAAUGCAGAUCAAAUUUGUCUUUCCAACAGUAGGUCCAAGUGUCUCUCCCAUUGCUAUACUCUUGGUUGCAGUUUUCACUGCAGUAAACUCCUCACUGAACUUUUUUGUCUACGGCAUGUUUGGAUCUCUAUUUAGAAAAGAAAUAAAGAGCAUCUGCUGUUGUAAGACAUAAAACAACAUAUACUUUACUUAAAGCAGAAAAAAAAAACUUCACAAAGACAAAAAUGGCAUGAGACAAGGAUAUCUCUGAGCCUUUUCAUAUGAAAGAAGAUGGACAUGAAGUUAAAUGAAAACAUGGAUGGAGAACUACAAGGCACAUCAUGACUUAAACGAUAAAUGUGAGCUGAAAGCCAUGCUCACAUUCCGCUUACUUUAUCUUGCAUAGAAAACAGGAACACAUUAAAAAGGAGACUUAAACCAGGCAAUUGGGAAAAAUAUUAAAAAGGGUCUCCACUCACUGGCAUGAUGUUAGAGAUAAAUUUCAGCUCAUGGAUGGGUUCACUCCUGGCUUAAAGCAGACUGGAAACAGACCACAGUAUGUCACCAGACAACAGAUCAUGACUGCCAACUGCCAACUCAGGAUGUCAAGUUUCGGUAAGCAUUAAUUUUAUUUUAAUAGUAAUUUUUUACUGUCAUAUAUUAUGAAGUAAGCAUGGCUUUUAUCGGACAAAAACGGAUUGAAGUGCUCUCUUACGAGUAUGUAAAUAUGACCUCCAGCUGACUAAAUCAAAGAACGUAAGUACUAACUGAGAAACUGCAUUUUUUAAUCCUUAUAAAAAUAUUACAUUUGCCUGACAAAAAUUAGAAGUCAUACUGAAAAUAAUUAUAAUUAUAUUUACCAUAUUUUACAUUAUUAUAUUUACCAGGAUUUGUUUAAAUGAGUCAGUGUGACGUCUUUCUUUUGGAGUUAAUUAAGAUUCAUCAUUAGGCCAGAGAGAAUGUUCCACAUAUAACAGUGUCAAGCAGCUUUGCAUUUUUAAGAAAAACAGAAUUAAUUAAUCUACCUUAUUUUCUCUCUAAUUGUAAUCUUUAUUGAUUGGGUUAGAAGAAAGAUAACGUACCCAUGUGGAGUCAUUUUUAUUUUGCCACAAUUUUUAAAGCUGUAUUCUCAUAAUUUAUAUUGCUUGACAUCAUUGAAUCAGAUAUGACAAGUGCAUUGUUUUGCCAGUCAUAAAAUAUGGUAUAAACUGAUCCCCUGAAGUUUGGCACUAGAAGGCUAGUCAUAUUGUCUUACUGCUUGAUCUAUGAUCACAUUCCUGUAGACACACUAUUGAGAGACCCAACUCUGUGAGGAGUCUCGCUUAGUGCAAUCAGCUUAACUGAAUGACGACUAGAUACUUAUAUUUCUUGCUUCAUCAUUUUAAUUAAAACUGAAAUUAAAACUGAAAUUUUAGUUAAAACUGAACAAUAAUUACUUUAAAAAUAAUACAAAUCUGCCAUCACCAAGACUUUCAUUCAAUCUCUUGUUAACUUCUCUGCUUGAUGUUCAUCUUACCUACUCCUACAUGUACCAGAUAUUAAAAAAAAUGCCAAGGGAUGCCAAUCAGAAACUAUAGAAAUUAUGGGUCACUUCAAACUAUCAUAUAAAAAGUCCGCUGCAAUUUUUCUGCUUAUCAAUCAAUCCAUGUCAUAAUUACAGAAUUACAAAAGGCACCACAAUGAAAACCCGUAUUUCAACUUUUUAAAAAAGAAAUAAUGUUAUGUACAUGUAUGCUUUCUUCUUCUCUUUUAUUUAUUUGUUUAUUUUUUUUUUUUGGGGGGGGGGGGGACGGGUCUCAGUUCAACAGAAACAAGAGGGCAAAGCUGGCAAUUAUACUGAGACCAAAUAGCAUUAAACACUGCAUCAGUUUCUUAAUCAAUUAAUUCUGUAAAAAUAAUCUGAUCAUGCUAAUUUUUGAAAGAAAGUUGUCAUUAUCCUACUUGUCAGGAAAAGUUUUUAUUAUCCUAAUUGUCAGGAAAAGUUGUUUGUGUCAGGAAGUUGUUGCCAUUUCUGGCAAAUAAGCAGAGAUUUACUUGGCUUAAAUGUGUCAGACAUCAUGAAAUCAAAUUAAUUGGAUCGUUAUUAUCCUCCAUUUGCCAUGUCCAGUAAAAGUCUUUCCCACUUCAGAUCUUAAAGACAAUAAAACCCCUCAAAUAAAUGUUUAUCUGAAGCAUACCUAAUGUCGUUAGUACUUUCUCUAAGCAUGCUAGGUGGCAACCAUUACAUUUCACACUUCCACAAGAAUGAAAAAUAAAAUUGUCCCUUUAGGCUUCGUUCACAUGG